AUGGCGCCAGUCGGCCGCAGGGGCGAGCAGCGCUCCAAGUGGUGCUGCAAGUGGUGCAAAGGGCGAGAUGGGAAGCCAUUCGUCAACUACCCUGAUAAGCUGGCAUGUCACUCGUGUGGGGUGUCGAAGUCAGCGGCGUUCAAGAGCAAACCAGUACCGAAAGAUCCUUCCUCUCGCAAGUGGCCCAAGUCGCCUGGCAGCGCAGGUGGCACGCCGCUGGAGAAACAGCUCCUGGCCAUGUCCAACAAGGCCACGCAGCUGGAGAAGGAACUCAAGAAGAAGCAGAUGCAGCCCAUUGCUGCUGAUGCCCCAGACGCCGAGCUGGACUUGGUCACGUGCAGCAAGGCUCGCAUGGCAGAGUUGGACGGCCUCAUCGCGCACCUCAGCCUCACUAAGCCCAUUCCCCCUGAGAUCGAAGGAGUGCUGGCUGGUUACCGCAAGGAGAAGGAAUCUCUUCGAGCCCAGGUGUUUCAAGAAAAACCUCACUCGGUCAAGGUGCAAGAGUUGCCCAACAAGGUUAACAGACUGCAGAAGCAGCAGCUGCGAUGGCAAUCUAGUUUGGAGGAGAAGAAGGCCAAGCUCAUGGAGCUUCAGGCUGAUGUUACCGAGGAAGAGGAGGCCAUGGACAAGGCGAGGGCUCAGUUG